AGGUGCGCCAUGGCCGCCGCCCGCCCGGGCUGGCCGCUGCCCGGCUCCUCGGCCCUGCUCGUCUGCGACCUCCAGGAGCGAUUCCGCGGCUCCGUCGCCGCCUUCCCGCAGAUCGUGGCCGUGGCCGCGCGCCUGCUGCAGGGCUGCCGCAUCCUGGGCGUGCCGGCGCUGGUGACGGAGCAGCGCCCGGAGGUUUUGGGGCGCACGGUGCCGGAAUUGGGGGCGCAGGACCUGCCCCGGGUGCCCAAAAGCGCCUUCAGCAUGGCCGGGGCGGCCGCGCCCCUCCUGGGGGACCCCAAAAUCCGCUCGGUGCUGCUCUGCGGCAUCGAGGCGCACGCCUGCGUGCUGCAAACGGCGCUGGAGCUGCUGGCGCGGGGGCUGGAGGUGCACGUGGCGGCCGACGCCGUCUCCUCGCGCAGCCAGGUGGAGCGCGCCCUCGCCCUGGCCCGCAUGCGCCAGGCCGGCGCCUACCUGAGCACCUGCGAGAGCCUCCUGCUGCUGCUGCUGCGAGACUCCGCCCACCCCAAAUUCCGACAGGUGAGCGGCCACGCCCACCGGCCACGCCCAUCAUGGCCACGCCCACCCAGCCACACCCACCUGGCUGUGAAACCCCGCCCACAAAAGCGUUAAUUAGGG